AUGCUUAGAAUACCACUCAAGCGCCAGCUGAUCAAACGAUUUAUGUCUGAACAAGUGAAGUUCGGUACCAAGGGCGUUUCCCGGGUAGUCACUUUGACGAGAGCCGAAAAACUCAACGCUCUAUCCACAGAAAUGUGCUCCCAAAUGAUCCCCACACUUGUGGAAUACAGUAAGAGCAAUGUGAACAAUUUAGUUUUGAUCAAUUCGUCUAACUCUCCCAGAGCCUUUUGCGCAGGAGGAGACGUAGCCACUGUUGCGCUGCAGAAUAUCGCAGGAAAAAAGGAUAAGUCACUGGAAUUUUUCCAGCAAGAGUACUCUUUGAAUCUACUUCUAGCGACCUAUAAUCGUCCUGUUGUUGUUUUGAUGGAUGGAAUCACAAUUGGCGGUGGUGUCGGCCUCGCCACGCACGUCCCUUUCCGUAUAGCCACUGAGAAUACAAAGUGGUGCAUGCCAGAAACGGACAUUGGGUUUUUCCCAGAUGUGGGAACUACCUUCUCGUUGCCACAGCUCUCUACUGUUGGUGGUACAAAGGGUCAACUGGCCCUGUAUUUGUGUUUGACAGGCGAUCUUUUGUCUGACAUCGACGUUUACAUGGCAGGCUUUGCUUCACACUACAUCCCUAGCGCCAAUUUAGAGGAUCUACAGGCGAGGCUGGGUGAACUGCCGGUACACAACGACUCCGAAGAUAUGUGGGAUAUUACUGGAAAGGCUCUGGAGGAAUUUUCCGUUGCGAUACCGGAGGAUUACCAAUUCAAAUAUUCCAAUGCCCAACUGAACGUUGUGGAGUCUUGCUUUGAUUCAGAGACUACAGGUAAUGUCAAGGCUAUCAUAAACGCCUUAGAAAAGGUGAUAAACUCUACAUCGGCCGCUCCUGAAGAAAAAGAGUUUGCUCGCGUCACAUUGGAGAAAUUGGACACUAAGAGCGGCGUCUCGUUGCAGGUAGCCUUGGAACAGUUCCGCCGCAACAAGAACUCCGAUAUCGAGUCUUCUCUCAAGCAAGACCUAAUUACUGCAUCCAACAUGUGUGAAGACGUGGUUUCUGAGUUUUCUGCAGGCACGAAACACAAGCUGGUCGAUAAGAACAAGACUCCAUAUGCGUGGACCAAAUCUUCCUUGACCGUAGACGAACUCUCGCGUCUAGUAUCCCCUCGUGCCUCAAACUCUGUGUCACUGCUCAGCAACGUCACCGAUGCGGUCACGUGGAAGAAGUACCCAUUUCAUUCCAAGUUCAUGCUACCCACAGAACAGCAGCUCAAGGACUACAUCACAGGCAAUGAUAACUCAGGCAGAUCUCUGGCCGUGUCCCGCCACGAAGUGAUCAAAUUUUUCUCUCAGUACAACCAAUCGUCCAGAGGGAAGUCCGGAAUUCAAUAUCUGUGCAAUCAAAUCUGUCGCAGAAAGUGCACAGAGGGCGAUGCUGGCGAACUACACUGGAAAGACAAAGCAUUGUAA